ACAACUAGAACCUUUGUCCUCAAAAUCUUGGAAGCUUUGCCAGCUCUCUCUCUCUCUCUGUCUCUCUGUCACACUGUCUCUUUGUUUCUCCAACAGGGGAUUGGAAGGCAUGGAACCAUCGGUGUUGGUGUCAGAUUUUCUUGCAAAGUGCGGUGGGUAUGCAGUGGUAGAUGGUGGGUUCGCUACUGAACUUGAACGCCAUGGCCAAAACCUCAAUGAUCCUCUUUGGAGUGCCAAAUGUCUUAUCAGUUCUCCCGAUCUUGUUCGAAGGGUUCACCUAGAUUACCUCGAUGCUGGUGCAAAUGUGAUUAUAACCGCAUCUUAUCAGGCAACUAUUCAGGGUUUUGAAGCCAAAGGCCUAUCCAGGGAAGAAGCUGAAACAUUGAUUAGGAGAAGUGUUGAAAUUGCUUGUGAGGCUCGGCAAAUUUAUCAUGACAGAUGUACCAAAGACUCUUGGGACUUCCUUCACAGCGAGAACAUUACCACCAGACGUCCAGUUCUAGUUGCUGCUUCUGUGGGCAGCUAUGGGGCUUAUUUGGCUGAUGGAUCUGAGUAUACUGGCAACUAUGGCGAUUCAAUGACAAUGGAAAAAUUGAAGGAUUUUCACAGGAGAAGGGUACAGAUUCUGGCCAAAUCAGGUGCUGACCUCAUUGCAUUUGAAACCAUUCCAAACAAGCUAGAAGCACAGGCAUAUGCUGAGCUUCUCGAGGAGGAAGGUAUAGACAUUCCAGCUUGGUUUUCUUUUUCCUCCAAGGAUGGAGUCAAUGUGGUUAGUGGUGAUUCUAUUAGUGAGUGUGCCUCCGUUGCGGAUUCAUGCAAGCAAGUUGCUGCUGUAGGAAUCAACUGUACCCCUCCUAGAUUUAUCCAUGGACUAAUUCUCUCCAUUAGGAAGGUGACAGAUAAACCGGUGGUCAUAUAUCCCAACAGUGGUGAGACUUAUGAUGCAGAAAGCAAGCAAUGGGUGAAAUCAAGUGGGGAAGCAGAUGAGGACUUUGUGUCAUAUGUAGGCAAAUGGCGAGAUGCUGGCGCAUCUCUCUUUGGUGGGUGCUGCAGGACUACUCCAAACACCAUCAGAGCCAUAUCCAGGAUUCUCUUUGACAAAUCAUCACUUACCUUGUCCAAGGCUGAAGAUAAUUAAAUCAGAUGUUAAUCUGAAAUUUUACUUUCUUGGACAUUGACCAUAUGAAUCCUAAAUGGAUCAGAAAUAUCAUAAUCAAGUCAAUGUAACGACAUGCUCUAUGUGACAAAAAUAAAGGUUUAUUUACCCGUCUUGUGCAGUCUGUUUGAGAAAGGUAUUAUAGGUUAGAGGAACUUUAUAAUUUUUAGUUUUUCAGAAUUAUGAAGAAAAAAAUGAAAAGAAUAGGAUUAUCAUAAUUUAAAUAUACAGAACUAAAAAAAAGCAAUGUGUUAAGUCAAAUGCAUUGACAUACUACAAAGAUUUCUUCUGGUUGUGGUCAUUCACUUGAAGAGAAAGCAUUGAAGUUUCUUAGGAGGAUAGAAAAGGAUUCAUGGAAGCCAGAUAUUUCAACUUUACUGAAAAUGUGCUGCAGGAAGAAGAGGAUGAAGACACUUAAUUUUUUGUUAAGCCACAUUUCAAACAACGAUGUCAGUAUUGAUCAUGCAAACUAUGCUGUUUUGGUCUGUGGGCAGCUAGACUUGGUUUUCUUA